CCCACGGUCGACGUUUCAUGACAGAGACCAAAGGUGGCCUUGGGGUGGAAGAAGAUCUGCCCUCUUCUUCUUCCUCCUCCUCUUUCUCCUCCUCGGUACCCGGGUUCAGCACCGUGGACAGCUCCCCGCCUUCAACCUUAAACCGCCGCCUGCGGUUGGGUCGUCAAACACCGAGCAGGAGAGCAGGAAGCCGGCUGCACGCUGAGCGAUUCUAGAGACUUUUACCCCUUUUUCUUUUCUUUUUCUACCAUCCCAAGCGACGGAUGUGACAGUGCUGAAGAGUGUUUUUUUUGGGGGAGUUCAGGGAAACACCAUGAUCUCACGGUAUAAACCGAGUCCCGGUUCCACCAUGUCCUUGGCGUUCUGUGGGAACGAGAAUAACUCGGUGGCCUACAACGUGGAUGGAGGGGUUCUGAACAACGGCUGUUUCCUGGAUGCGCUCAAUGUGGUGCCACAUGUCUUCCUCCUCUUCAUCACCUUUCCAAUCCUCUUCAUCGGCUGGGGCAGCCAGAGCUCAAAGGUCCACAUCCACCACAGCACCUGGCUUCACUUUCCUGGUCACAACCUGCGCUGGCUGCUCACCUUUGUCCUGCUUUUCAUCCUCGUCUGUGAGAUCGCAGAGGGCAUCGUCUCUGAUGGGUUCAGCCAAUCCCUCCAUCUUCACCUGUACAUGCCUGCAGGUUUGGCCUUCAUGGCUGGCAUCACCUCUAUUAUCUACUAUCAUAACAUCGAGACCUCCAACUUUCCCAAACUGCUAUUAGCCCUGCUGAUCUACUGGGUGCUGGCCUUCAUCAUGAAGACCAUCAAGUUUGCCAAGUACACCGAGCAUGGCAUCGGCCCCAGGCAGCUACGUUACUGCAUCACCGGGCUGCUGGUGCUGCUGUAUGGACUCCUGCUAGCAGUGGAGAUCAAUGUCAUCCUGGGCAGGCGCUACGUGUGUUUCGCCGACCCCCCUGAGGUGAAGCCUCCCGAGGACCUCCAGGACCUCGGUGUUCGUUUCCUGCAGCCCUUCGUCAACCUGCUGUCCAAAGCCACCUACUGGUGGAUGAACACCUUCAUUACAUCCGCUCACAGACGACCAAUUGACCUCAAGGUCAUCGGCAAGCUGCCCAUAGCGAUGAGAGCCCUCACCAACUACAUUAAGCUUCGCAAGGCCUUUGAUGACCAGAAGAGGCCGCAGGACACAGCACCCCAGGGCCCGAAGUUGAUCUGGCAGGCCUUGAGGAAAGCGUUUGGCAGACCCCUCAUCCUCAGCAUCACAUUCCGCUUCCUGGCUGACCUGCUGGGCUUCGCUGGCCCUCUAUGCAUCUCUGGCAUCGUCCACCACAUCAGCAAGGACAACCGCACCAUUCAGCAGCCGAUGACAUUGCUGGGGAUCUAUUUCAUUUCCUCCAAGGAGUUUUUGGAGAAUGCGUAUGUGCUGGCUGUGCUGCUCUUCUUGGCCCUACUCCUGCAGAGGACCUUCCUCCAGGCCUCCUACUACGUGGCUAUUGAAACAGGCAUCAACCUGCGCGGGGCCAUACAGACAAAAAUCUACAACAAGAUCAUGCGUCUGUGCACCUCCAAUAUGUCCAUGGGCGAGUUAACUGUUGCUCAGAUCUGCAACCUGGUUGCCAUAGAUACCAACCAGCUCAUGUGGUUCUUCUUCCUCUGUCCUAACCUGUGGGCCAUGCCAGUACAGAUAAUUGUGGGAGUGAUCCUGCUCUACUACCUCUUGGGAAUCAGUGCCUUGAUUGGAGCGACCGUCAUCGCUGUGUUAGCUCCUGUCCAAUACUUUGUGGCCACCAAGCUGUCCCAAACACAAAAGAGCACUCUGGAAUACUCCAGUGAACGUCUAAAGAAGACCAAUGAGCUCCUGCGGGGCAUCAAGCUGCUGAAGCUGUACGCCUGGGAGCACAUUUUCUGUGACAGUGUGGAGGAGACCAGGAGCAAAGAGCUCACCAGCCUGAAGGCCUUCGCUCUUUACUCAUCAAUAUCCAUUUUCAUGAAUGCAGCUAUUCCCAUCGCAGCUGUAUUAACGACGUUUGUGGUUCAUGUUCACAUCUCGGAGGACGCUGAUCUGUCCCCAGCUGUGGCCUUUGCCUCUCUGUCCCUCUUUCACAUCCUGGUCACCCCCCUCUUCCUGCUCUCCAGCGUGGUGCGCUCCACUGUCAAGGCUCUUGUUAGUGUUCAAAAGCUCAGCGAGUUUUUCUCAAGCGAUGAGAUUGGAGACGAACAGGAGCCCAGAGUAAUGUUAACCCCUGGCUCCAGCAAUCACAACCAAAACAGAUACCAGGCUGUGUCAUCCUCUAAAUCUUUCCCUUCAUCCUCCUCCUCCUCUUUGUCCCGACACCUCCAGCCCCUGAAGGUGGUGAACCGGAAGCGCCCCCCGAGGGACGACUGGAACAACUACAGCUCACAGGGGGACCACGAGAGCGACGGACCCUCCCAGGACAUGGACCAAGACAUCUGUAUCAAGAUAAGUAGUGGUUAUUUCACCUGGACCGAUGGACCACCAACACUUUCUAACGUGGACAUCAAGAUUCCUAUUGGUAAGCUGACUAUGAUCGUGGGACAAGUGGGUUGUGGAAAAUCGUCUCUGUUGCUGGCGGCGCUCGGAGAGAUGCAGAAAGUAUCGGGAACAGUCACCUGGAACAGCUUGCCAACCCUGGAGUCUGAGGGAGAUGAAAGUCCCACAGACAGAGAUGCAGCAGCUGAUGGAGACAUCAGGAAGAGAGGCGCUGUGGCCUACGCUUCCCAGAAGCCCUGGCUGUUGAAUGCGACACUGGUGGAGAACAUCACCUUCGAGAUGCCCAUGAUUAAACCGAGGUACAAAGCUGUCAUCGAGGCAUGCUCUCUUCAGCCUGACAUCGACAUCCUUCCACAGGGUGACCAGACAGAGAUUGGGGAGCGGGGUAUCAUCCUGUCAGGUGGACAGAAACAGCGUAUCAGCGUAGCCAGAGCCUUGUAUCAGCAGACCAACCUGGUCUUUCUGGAUGACCCAUUCUCUGCCUUAGACAUCCAUCUGAGUGACCAUCUAAUGCAGGACGGCAUCCUCAAGCUCCUGAGAGAGGAGAAGAGAACGGUGGUGUUGGUCACACACAAACUUCAGUAUCUACUACACGCAGACUGGAUCAUUGCCAUGAAAGAUGGCACCAUCCAGACUGAGGGGACUCUGAAGGACAUCCAGAACUCUGAGCCAGAACUCUUUGAACAGUGGAAAACCCUGAUGCACAGACAGGACCAGGAGUUUGAGACGGAGACAGUGGCAGCGAGUAUGACAGAUCUGGAGAGGAAAAACCUGCGGAGGGCCAUGUACUCCAGAGAGGCUGCCAGGACUGAAGAGGACGAGGAAGCAUCAGGUGCUGCCCUCAUGUUCGAUCAAGCAGAGGAAUCCGUGGAGAGUGACGAUGACGACAACAUGUCGCAGGUGAUGCGUCAGCGCGCCACCAUCCCCUGGCGCUCCUGUGGCAUCUACCUGUCCUCCGCGGGGCUCCUCCUGCUCACCGUGCUCCUCCUGUCACAGCUCCUCAAACACUCCCUCAUGGUCGCCAUCGACUACUGGCUGGCACACUGGACGUCACAUGUCAUCAGAGCCAAGACCGACGCCAUCGCUCGAAACUGUACCAUCGUCCAGUACUGUGGCUUCAGUCAUUCGUGGUAUCUGUCGGUCUUCAGUGUGCUGUGCUGCCUGGGCAUCAUCCUGUGUCUGGCCACCUCUGUGGCCGUGGAGUGGACUGGCCUCAAAGUGGCCAAGGAGCUCCACCACGACCUCCUCAACAAGAUCAUACUGGCCCCCAUGAGGCUGUUUGAGACAACUCCGCUCGGCAGCAUCCUCAACCGGUUUUCCACAGACACAAACACAAUCGACCAGCACAUCCCCACCACCCUGGAGUGCCUCUCCCGCUCCACCCUGCUGUGUGUGUCCGCCCUGGGCGUCAUCUCCUACGUGACCCCCGUCUUCCUCAUCGCCCUCCUGCCGCUGGCCGUCACCUGCUACUUCAUCCAGAAAUACUUCCGGGUGGCUUCCAGGGACCUGCAGCAGUUGGAGGACAGCACCCAACUCCCUUUACUCUCCCACUUCUCUGAGACAGUGGAAGGUCUCACCACUAUAAGGGCCCUCAGGUACGAGCCCAGGUUCAGACAGAGGUUACUGCAGUUCACUGAUGCCAACAACAUCGCCUCUCUCUUCCUCACAGCAGCAAACCGUUGGCUGGAAGUCCGCAUGGAAUAUAUUGGAGCCUGUGUGGUAUUAGUGGCAGCCGUGGCCUCCAUCACAAACUCUCUCUACAACCAGCUGUCCACAGGUCUGGUGGGGCUGGGACUGACGUACGCACUCAUGGUAUCCAACUACAUGAACUGGAUGGUGCGUAACCUGGCCGACAUGGAAGUGCAGCUUGGCUCAGUCAAGAGGAUUAACGGCCUGCUCAAAACUGAACCAGAGAAUUAUGAGGGGCUGCUCACCGUGUCUCAGGUCCCUGAUGGCUGGCCCCGGCAGGGAGAGAUCAAGAUCCAGAAUCUGAGCGUCCGAUACGAUGCCACGCUGAAGCCCGUGCUCAAAAAUGUCAACGCACACAUCAGCCCCGGGCAGAAGGUGGGGAUCUGUGGCAGGACGGGCAGUGGCAAAUCCUCUUUCUCCUUGGCCUUCUUCCGCAUGGUGGACAUGUUUGAGGGGAGGAUUGUGAUUGAUGACAUCGACAUCGCCAAGCUGCCUCUGCAGACCCUCAGGUCUCGCUUGUCCAUCAUCCUCCAAGACCCCAUCCUGUUCAGCGGCACCAUCCGGUUCAACCUGGACCCAGAGAUGAAGGCUACAGAUGAGAUGCUCUGGGAAGCUCUGGACAUUGCUCAGUUGAAGCCUGUUGUUAAAUCCCUUCCAGGAGGCCUGGAUGCUGCAGUGACGGAGGGAGGAGAGAACUUCAGUCAGGGUCAGAGACAGUUGUUCUGUCUGGCCAGAGCCUUCGUCAGGAAGAGCAGCAUCCUCAUCAUGGACGAAGCAACAGCGUCCAUAGACAUGGCAACGGAGAGCAUCCUGCAGAAAGUGGUGAUGACUGCUUUUGCUGACCGAACAGUAGUUAUUAUAGCACAUCGUGUCCACACUAUCCUGAAUGCCGACCUGGUGAUUGUGAUGAAGCGCGGGAUCAUCCUGGAGUACGACAGGCCCGAGGCCCUGCUGGACAAGGAGGACAGUGUCUUCACCUCCUUCGUGCGAGCAGACAAGUAGCACAAGAACAGUCACAGAAGGAGAGGAAGCAUUAAAGGAAGACAUUCAAAGUGCAAUUGUCCCAUGGAAUAUAUUCCUUUUAUUUUUUAAUCAUGUAUUAUAUUUGUACAUACAAAAGCUAAUUCUUUGUUAAUAAAACAUAAAUUAUCAUUUA